AUGCAGAGAAUUUUAAGGGUUUCGUCAUUAGCUAGAAAUUCAAUAUUAACUCGUAACAUCCAUACUACUUCAGCUCACUUUGAGUCGCAGAAUACUGAGAAAACAAUCAAUCAAGUUACAUUAUUAGGAAGGGUUGGUGCCGAUCCCCAAAAACGUGGAUCUGAAGAACAUCCAGUGGUUAAUUUUCCUCUAGCAACACAUUUUAGUUACAAAUAUGAAUCAGGUGACAUAUUGCAGAGAACAGAUUGGCAUAGAGUUAGUGUAUUUCGUCCAGGACUCAGAGACACAGUAUAUAAAUAUCUUAAAAAAGGCCAAAGAGUAUAUGUUACAGGAAAAUUAUCAUAUGGAGAAGUAAAACUUGAUGAUGGACAAGUAAGAACUGCUUCUACAGUAAUAGCAGAUGAUAUAAUAUUUUUCCAAAGUCAGCCUCAAGAUACA